UGAUAACCUAAGAUAGGGGAACUGAGUUUUCUGCAAUCUCCACAGCAUUGGUGAACCUUACCUAUCUUGGAUUGAGUGGCAGAUCCAUCGCGCGGGCCAAUGGACGGGAGCUGGUGGAAGGGUCGUGGAUCAUCGGUGGAAUCGGUCGACCUGCUUCAUCCACGGUCGGUUCGAGAAGGGUUCCGCCGAGGGCACCCGGGUGCGUAUCGACACAGCCUGUCAGCCUUGCAACACACGGGCAUUCGUUAUCUUUCAGACAUGACGUGCCACUGCAGCCCCGAGAGGGGACGUGGUUGCUGGCCGGGGGGAACCCACUGCGGCGGACAGCAUCGAUCGUGUCCCGCGGCAUCACGAAAAUUCGGGCGCACUGCUGGGGCGAGGGGGGAGGGAGGAUGGUCGGGGAUGGCGACGAUGCAAAGUCAAUUAGCCGAAGUUGUUUCGCCGCCAGUCGCCACCGCCAGUCGAGGCUGACGGGCCGGUGGAGUCGGGAUGACCUGCUCCAUCGUGCGGGGGGCGGUCUGAGAGUCCGAGAGUUCUGAGAGCCUGAGACUCUGAUGGUCGGGAGUUACCCCUCUGCUCUCCACAAUGCUGCAUUGUGGUGUGCUCAAU